AUGGGGAAGGACCUUAAGGCCCCUCGAUCGCAGCUGGCGGCGCAAGCUAAGCGCAAAGAUGCCUCCUCAGGGAAGGCCUGCGGCGUCAGUCAGAAGCCCAAGAAGGCCGCGGGAAAGAAGAAAGCCACGGGUAUUAAAAAGCGCAUAUCAGGGGGAGACAAUAGAGGUGCGUCGCGUGCGGUGAAAGCGAGCCAGAAGGGAACGCAGAAGAAGAAAGUGGCGCGGAGGCCCCCACCUGAAUCACAGAGCGGGCGGACAAGCGACCCAAAGCUUAAGAAGCGCCCUCGACAGAGUACAGAAAUAAAGCCGGUGAGGAGCGAUGAAGGUGAAAUUCCUCGUGUAAAGGCAUCACAGAAGCGUGUGAAGAAGAAGACAAAGCGCAUAGGCGCUGCUAAAUCGAAAGUGCGUGUCCCUGCCAGGCUCUCUAGAAGAGAGAGACAAGCAAGAGCGAAACGGGGGGUAAUUUACAUCGCCCAUUUGCCUUUGGGGUUCCUAGAGCCUCAGCUUAAGGCUUUCUUUGGUCAAUUUGGUGAAGUAACUCGAGUGCGGCUGUUUCGAAGCCGGAAGACAGCCCACAGCAAAGGGUAUGCCUUUGUUGAAUUCGCGCUGAGCGAAGUGGCUGAUAUUGCAGCGAAAGCCAUGGACAAAUACAGAAUGUUCGGGCGAACUCUUGUUUGCCGCCUGAUGGAGAAAGGGCAGGUCGAAGAUCACGUAUUCAAGAACUGCGAUAAGCCCUUUAGACACAUCAAUUGGCAGUCGAUCGCCGCCGCGAAGCAUAACAAACCGGAAGAUCAGCGGCCCUCUGCUAGGGAGAUCAAGGCUGUAGAAAAGAGAAUGAAAAGAAAAUUGGCGACUCUCAAGGAAAUGGGAAUAGAUCUAGAGUUGCCAGAACUCGAAGCAGAGGAUCGGCAAGGAGGGCACUUUGGGGAGUGGAUGAAGUAUGAAAGCCAGGGGGAACGCAAUGUCAAGAAAGCAAACGUGCGGCCCCGAAGGAAGUCAGUUAGCAGUAUUGCAACAACAGCUUCAUGA